AGGCUGCAAAAUAGUGCACAGUUAUGCUUGAAACACAGUUGUUUUCCUAUUCUUCUAAGGACACUGAUGAGCCACCCCAAGAUGAGUGGACCACCCCAAGGCAACGGAGCUGUGCUUUUGUAAAUACUCCAUUACCAUGUAUUAAUAAAGCCAUUUAUCACAUUCAAGAGUUGGAAGUAAAGAUGGGGAAAUACUUUCAACAGUAUGACCAUGUGUUUAAGGAGGAGAAAAAGCCGUGGAUAACAGAAAAAGUCAGUGCUGAAUCUAAUGAAGAUACCUGGUUAUCAUCAUCAACUAGUUUGGAUUUUCAAGAUGCUAAUGUAUCUCGUGAAGACAGCAAGACAUUAACCUUGAAGCAGGAAAUAGCAGCUUUGCUACUGGAAGUUACUAAGCUAAUUAAGCGAUUGGAGGCUGAUCGUAUGGAGGCAGAAGAAGCUUUGGAGCGGGAGAGACAGCGAAGGAAAAAGCUUGGCAUGGAAAUUGAUAGUAUGUCACUUUGGAGGCUUCAGCACUUCCCUGCUGCUGUGCAACAAGGUAUCAGUAUGGAAGCUAAGAGUAUUUGUUAUUUUCAGUCAGUUCAUUACCAAGAAAAUAAUUACACUGUGAGAAUAGUUGUGUUUACUGUAACAGAACUGCAGUAUUUACUCUUUUGAAUUUGGUAUGCUUAAAUAUAUAUCCAUGGGGGGAAAAAAAACACAACACAGAACACACUAUAUUACAUAGUUCUAAACUAUCCAAUAGUUUAGCAUUGUUUGAGAAAUAGCUCAAGAGUAGGCAAUACACCUAAGAUGAUGAGAGAUACUUUUGUUAGGGCAGGAAAUGAGAAGUUUGAGCAGAACUAUA